AUUAGUGUUUAUGUCAUUACAGACCUUAAUUGUAACGUUAGCAUUUGUGUUGUGUGUACUUUAAUACACGUUUAUUCUUUGUUGAGAAAAUGCUGUGUGCCAUUUAUUGGCAAACUACACUCUGUACUUCUUUAUCUGAUCCAUUACAGGGACCAUUAACCCGUCACGUCAGUGACAGCGCAUUUUAACAUUGAAAUCCGACGACAAAUAACUUUACUUACCUUCAAAGAAUUUAGUGUACCCUAAACACUAUAUGUUCAUUAAACAAUACAUUUAGAAACACAUUUUUAAUUACCCCGUAAGUUAUUGUCUCGCAACACUAAAUGCACCAAAUAAGUGUAUGAUAUUAUUAUAAUUAUAAUAACUAUUAUUUGUAGUAGUAGCAGUAAUAUUGGUAGUGAAAGAAUGUAGAUUUCAUCGAAAAAUUCCAAGGAAUAACUUCAUUAAAAAUUGCGACGACUCGGGAAAGCACCACUAAGAGAUACUUGAAACUACAAAAAGUGUCGUAAACUCCAGAACGCAGCAGGGUGCUCCGGUAAAAUACAGUUAUAUGGCUUAGCAGUUUAUGAUAUAUUUAUGUUUUAUGACAUAUUUUACUUGAGCGCAAAUAACGAGGUCGGAAUAUAAUCGGUAACAACUACUGUAAUAAGAAACAGCCAAUCACAGUUUAGUCACGUGACUGUCGUAAACUGCCAUUGUAGAAAGUUACAGACCGUAAAACGGGAAAUUCGUAAGACAGUUAACACUUGUAUUACAUCACCUAUCCAUUUUCUGAGCCGCUUAUCCUCACACGGGCUAUUAUUUGUCUUUUAUUUGCUCUUGCACGCGUUUGACAUUUUUGUAUGCAAUGUUGUCACGUCAUGGGUGAGUUCCGUAUCGCGACAAAUUGAGCUCAGUCAGCCUGUGAUCCAACAUGUAUCCAUGUUCUUGUGACACCUUUGUGGCUCUGCCCCCCUCCACCGUGAGGCACCGCGUCAUUUUUGGAAAGAACUCCGACAGACCUUGCGAUGAGGUCCAGGAAGUGCUUUUUUUCCCUGCCUCAGACUAUGAGCUGGGGUCAAAGGUCAAGUGUACUUACAUCGAAAUUGAGCAAGUUGCCCACACGUAUGCGGUUGUUUUGAGCAGACCGGCGUGGCUGUGGGGUGCAGAAAUGGGUGCAAAUGAGCACCAAGUGUGUGUUGGGAAUGAGGCUGUGUGGGGAAGAGAGAGUCCUGAAGUUGAGGAGGCUCUUCUUGGCAUGGAUCUUGUCAGGCUUGGACUUGAGAGGGCUGACACUGCUGAGAAAUGUGUGCACGUUUUGGCUGAACUUUUGGAGAAACACGGCCAAGGAGGAACUUGUUUCGAGGAUCGAUCUCAAUUCACUUACCACAACAGCUUCCUGAUUUCGGACCGGAAGGAGGCCUGGGUCAUGGAGACCUCUGGGAAGUACUGGGCUGCAGAGAGAGUGGAAAGUGGAUAUCGCAACAUCUCAAAUGAGUACAACAUCACAACUAAGAUUGACAGAGAACAUCCUGACCUACGCAAAUACGCACAAAGUAAAGGCUGGUGGGACGGAAAGGCUCAAUUCAAUUUUGCUGCAGCCUACUCCUACAUGAGCACAGGCAGAAUUGAAGCAUCUGGCAGUCGACACAGUGAAGGGAAGAAGCUGCUGCAAAAGAGCAAUGGGCACAUCACCGCUAAGACGAUGAUGGACAUCCUGAGGGAUAAAGAGAGUGGCAUCAAUAUGGAGGGGAUGUUUAUGACAACAGGCACCAUGGUGUCAGUGGUACCUGUGGAUCCAGCUCUCCCAGGGGUUCACUAUUUCACUGCCACUCCCUCCCCUGAAAGGUCGGUGUUCAAACCCUUCAUCUUUGUGGAAAACAUGAAAGUGGAGCUAAAGGAGACCACUUCUCCCAGUUAUGACCCAGUGAAGAAGCCUCGCUUUCACAGCAAGCCUGACAGAAAGCACAGCUUGUUCACCAAACACGAGGUGGUGGCAGCGAUUAUUGAGACACACAAGGAGCGAGGAGAGCAGCUCACUCACAGAAUGAAGAGGUUGGAAAGUGACAGAAUGAAACAAAUGGAGGGGAUUCUUUGUUACGGCGUCAAGCAGCCUCACACUUUACUGGAUCUAUUCUCCUGCUCUGUACAGGAGGAAAUGGAGCUGUACAGCAAAGGCUUUUGAGUCAAC